AUGCAAUUACUACCAAUUGAAUGUUCUUUUUGUAAUUGGAAUGGAGUUGUACAUCUCGAUCGAAAUCAUCAAAAUCCAAAAUGUGAAUACUGUCAUCAAAAGUUUUAUUCAGUUGAAACCCUUAAUGAACAUAAAGUAUCAAAAUGUGAAAAAAUACUUGUAAACUGCUUGUUGAAAGAACUUGGUUGUUAUGAACAAAUUCAUCGUUGUAAUUUAUCAAAUCAUUAUUUGAGUGAACAACAUCGAAAUUCAUUAAUGAAAAUUCUUCAUCAAAUGAAAUUACAAAUAGAAAAUGCGAGAAAGGCCUCGACUCAAAUGGAAAUUGAUCCUUCUGGAUCAACAACAGUCAUAGCUGUUGAUGUCGAUACGAUUCUUUUUCAAGAGUUAUGUGAAAUACUUGAUAUUCCAUUAGAUGAUUUAAAUAUAUUGAAUAAUGAUGGACAAGAACAACUUAAUAAUGCAUUACUUCAAUGUCAAAGACAAUUUCCAACAUUGACACUAAACUUUUUAAAAUUUAGAGUGUCUAUAGAAGAAGACAAUAGCAACUGA